AUGUGCUGGUGUAUCAGUUUCCUGCUGAGCAGGAAGCGGGACGGCAUCCGCGCGAAACCUCGCCAAUGCCAAGUCGCUGAAACCAAAAGACAGGUGCGAAAGGUUGGCGCGCAAAGCACUUCCUCCGGUAGUGCUUUCCUUAAGCAGGAGGCUGGAACUAUAGCGAGGAGGCGCGCCACAUGCCUUGCAACUCUAAAACUGUUUUUCCAUGUGCUAUUUUGCGAAAAUGGUCACCUGAGUAAAAAAUCUGAUUUCAAUGCCCUUGUAGAGCCUCCUCUGGCUAGGAGCCGCUUGGAGUGUCUCGGAGUCCACCGACUCGCGAGUUUCAACAGUGGAAGCCAAAGCUUCAAUACCGACAUCUUCAUCAUUAUCGUUAUCGUCACUAUCUUCAUGGUCAUGUUACCAAGGACGCUGGCAGUCCCCGUCGCCCGAAAGGAACGCGCGCUUCUGUCACCGUCGAACCCUCUGCACCGACAACAGCUGCCGCUGUUCUCCUGCCUCGCAACCGCGGCAAUGCUCCGCCUGAUUCCCUACCUACUGCUGCUGUUGCUGGCGCUGCCCGGUGGCACCCUCGCACAGACUGUCCGGGGCUGCGGCUCAAGUGCCUUGAUCUAUCGCAACGGGGUCCCUACAAAUUCGAUCGAUGUGAUGUUCCGAGAUUCCCAGACAGGGGCAUCUGCUGGUUGGGGUUAUAUUGCUAUGAACUUAAGCGCAUUGACUCUACCGGAGCCCAUCGCGACCGACCAAACGGUACCCGGAACUAUAAAUAUCGCACUGAAACUGGAGGCAUUUGUCGGAAGCAUUCAGUUUAACGUUUUCAUCCAGUCCCAGUUUCUUACUGCUUUUCCCCCCGGCAGCAGUAGUUGUGCUGGUGAACCUGGGGGCUACGCUUCAUUCCCCCUUGAAAUGCCGCAAAAUGUGGUAUUCGCCUCAACGCUGGACUACAAUGGACUCUUCACCGGCAUUCUGGCAAAUCCGAUAUUCGGAUUCCCGCAAUCAACAGUGGACAGCACCAGCCCAUGUGCGAGGAUGGUCAUCAAUGAGCUUCAAAUCGUCAUCGACCCCAGCUGCGUGGAGUCCUUCCCCAACUCCUUCCGAGUAACCACCGUCAACGGUGUGACGGUGUCCCCCAGCUACAGCUACAAGACAUGGCGGGAGCAGACGUACGGCGUGAUGACGAUCACGUCCCUGGCGAGCACCUUCCCCGUAACCCCCCCUGGCGGCCUGUAUGUAUGUCUGGCCAUGAGUCGAAACAGCAGGUGUGGCACUCCGGCGGGGCUGUGCUACGGCAACAGCUGCGUGUACUCGCUGCUCAAUGCGGACGACAGCUGCUGCCCAGCCAGCCAGGUGCCGUACUAA